AUGUCAUCGUCACGACCGUCUUCAACGUCGGCGCCAAAGCCAGGGACGCACAAAUCCCUACAUGACUAUCAACUGGGAGACUCGCUCGGGAAGGGGGCCUUCGGGCAGGUAUAUCGUGCGUCCUUGAACUGGACCACGGGAGAGACUGUAGCAGUGAAGGAGAUCCAGUUGAGCAAUAUACCGAAGGGGGAGCUAGGCGAGAUCAUGUCCGAAAUCGAUCUCCUCAAGAAUCUCAACCAUCCUAAUAUCGUCAAGUACAAAGGUUUCGUGAAGACGAAGGAAUUUCUUUACAUCAUUCUGGAGUUCUGCGAGAAUGGGUCCCUUCAUAACAUUUCAAAACGCUUUGGCAAAUUUCCCGAAAGUCUCGUUGCCGUCUACAUCUCGCAAGUACUCGAGGGACUAGUAUACCUUCACGACCAGGGUGUCAUCCAUCGCGAUAUCAAGGGCGCCAACAUCCUAACGAACAAAGAUGGCACCGUGAAACUAGCAGAUUUUGGUGUGGCUGCAAAGACGGGUGGUGUGCAGGAUGGCGCGGUCGUUGGGAGUCCUUAUUGGAUGGCACCCGAAGUGAUUGAACAGUCUGGCGCGACUACCGCCUCGGAUAUCUGGAGCGUGGGUUGCGUCGUGAUCGAACUUCUUGAAGGGCACCCACCGUACCAUACCCUCGACCCUAUGCCGGCACUCUUCCGCAUCGUACAGGACGACUGCCCACCCAUCCCUGAAGGCGCAUCACCCAUUGUCAAAGACUUUCUCUACCACUGUUUCCAAAAAGACUGCAACUUGCGUAUCUCGGGCAAGAAAUUGCUGAAGCAUCCGUGGAUGGUUUCGGCGCGUAAACAAAUGGCGGAUGGGAAGAGUAGGUCAGGGGAAAGUGACAACGAGAAACCGACGGGCAAAGAAGGCGAGAACGGCGCGAAGAGACUGUCCAACUAUAACUACGACGAGGCGGUUCUCAAAGUCCAAGAAUGGAAUGAGGCUCUGAAAUCUCCUUCCAAGCCAACCAAGCAUCCUUCCAGGAAUCCGCGACCCGCUUCGCCCACUCAAAAUCGACUGUCCGCGGAAAUACCCCAAUCAUCAUCUUUGCCUUCUGUAGGCUCAAAUCCUCAUGCCGGUCCUUCUGUUUGGAAGAGUGCAGCUGGGCCCAGCAACAAAGCAGGUAUCAACCUUGUCGAGAAGAUCCAACCGCACGCCUUCGUUCUGCAACCGCCUGAAGAACAGACAGAUAAUUGGGAUGACGAUUUUGAAGAAGAGAUCUCAUUGACCAAGAUUCAAGGUAUGUUCGUUUUUGUGAAAUUGCAACGUUCGGCAAUUGAAAUUGCUCUAGCUCUUGAGAAACCACCGAGUGAGGAGGACAAACACGAAAUGGAAGAUAACGCGCGCACCAUUAGACCCAAUCGAAGUCCCGGAAAUCAAUCAGUACCUCUUGCGCAACCACCUGCAUCGGAAAUACAACCUAUUGUCGAGGACUACUCAGAUUUGGGAACAGAUGAAGAUGAAAUACGGCUGAAAGAAAAGGUUGCAGACUUCAAGUUGAGAAACUCAGGCCGCCGCGGUCUCUUCCACCCAGACGACAUUAAAACGAUUGGUCUUUCCUCAGUUACAUCUGUUGCACCGGGCCCGCUCUCCGCACCCCUCCCCCAGUUGACACGCAAAACAUCCCGGCCGUCCAUAAGCCCCAUCGGUUCAUUGGGCCCUUCUUCUGGCAACGCAACAGCGCACACGCGAUCGGGCUCCAUUUCCUCUAGCGCCAACCCGCUGGGAAAUUCUGGUUCUGGCUCAUUUGGCCGGUCCGAGGCGAAGAAGGCUCAGAACGCACAGAACCAGGCUGAGUUUGGAAAGUAUACGGAGGAUGAUGACGAUGAAGAUUAUGAAGAUGUCUUUGGCAAGCCGGGUGCUAAUUCUAUUGGCCAGCCGAUGCAGACGUUGCAGUUGAACACGCGUUUGCAGGACAAGUCAUGGAACAGUGAUGAUUGGAAUGAAGAAGAUCCUUUCGCGGAGAUUGAUGAAGGUUUCUCUGAAGAAGAUCUGGAAGCCAAGCUGCAGCGCGAUAAAUACGCCAGGUUAUGCAAUACUGUCAACCAGCUCAUAGACGAGCUAACUCCAUCAGCUCCUGACUCCCAGCUUCGCGAUGCCUGUGACCAAUUGCUCAAUAUCAUGAUGGAAACACCGGAGAUGCAGGUGCAGCUAGUUUCUUCGCAUGGGAUGCUAGCUAUCUUGGAAGUUUUGGAAGGACGAUGUUCGAGAGAUGUUAUUAUGAAGUUACUCCAAAUCAUCAAUUUGUUAGUGACAGAGGACCUUGGAUUCCUGGAAAGUUUCUGUCUAAUUGGUGGAAUCCCAGUAAUGAUGGAAUUUACAUCCAAGAAGUAUCCCUCUGAAUGCCGACUCGAAGCUUCCAAUUUCAUCCGCCUCUUAUGUCACACCUCAGUUCUAACCCUACAAAUGUUCAUCUCAUGCCGUGGUCUGAAAGUCCUAGUCGAUCUCCUGGACGAAAACGAACAACGCGAACUCGUAGAGCACGCGCUCAAUGGCAUUGGCAGCGUGUUCGAGCUGCAGAGCCCGACCACGAAGAACGAUUUCUGUCGGAUGUUCAUCCGCGAAGGACUCUUGGACCCGCUAUCAUCUGCGCUCGUGAAUGUGAUGACUGUCCGCGACACGCCGACGAUUGAGACGAAGAUGAAGAUUAUACAAAUCAUUUUGGUGUUUUCGCAGGUGUCGCAGUCAGAUAUUCAUGUGCGCAACGCGCUUGGGACAAGGAAGGUCAUUCGAAGGCUGUUACGCGCAUGCGAACUGCUGGAGCCAGAGUGUCUUGUACAGAUGUUAAAGGCGGUCAAGCAUCUUUCCAUGAACGCUACGUUGCUUGAAGUUCUCCAGAACGCCAAUGCUUUGGAGGUUCUGAUUCCUAUACUUGAUGAACAAUCUUCAGGUCCGCAUUGCAAUGAAAUCUCCAACCACGUCUUCCAGACGUGUUACAACCUUUGCCGCCUCAACAAGGGACGCCAAGAAGAGGCUGCUCAAGCUGGCAUUAUCCCAUGUCUCAAACGGGUCAUCGAAACGAGUUCACCACUCAAACAAUUUGCCUUGCCUAUCCUGUGCGACCUCUCGAGUGCCGGCAAAAGUUGCCGCUCGCUGCUAUGGCAGUACGAUGGUCUUCGGAUGUACGUCAAACUCCUGGACGACCCUUAUUUCCAAGUCAGUGCUUUGGAGUCUAUUCAUGCCUGGCUACAAGAUGAAACCGCCCGCGUCGAGGACGAGUUGCUUCGGCCAGACGCCAUCGAGGCCCUGGUUAAAUGCUUCGUAUCAUCCAAAUCCAACUCGUUCGAAAAUCUGCUCGAUCCCUUCCUCAAGAUCAUCAGGCUCUCUACGCCCGUGACGAUCGCUAUCACCAAGUCGUCCGCAUUUUUCAAACGGGUUGUCGAUCGGCUGGGCUUGAACAGCCGCGCAGUCGUGCGCCUCAACUUACUGCGCAUACUAAGGAGUGUGUGUGAGGUGCACCCGAACCGUGCAAUGCUGGUGGAGAGAUACGGCUUGCUGGGAAUUGUGGAGAAGCUGAGCAGGGGCGGCGGGGACGGCGCAGUGCUCGUGCGCGAGCUAGCGAGGGAGAUUGUGCCGACGCUGAGGCCGGGCUUAAGGCCCAUUUCGGGUGCUGGCUCUUCUACUGGUAUUGGUGCGACGGGGAGGGUCAGAUCUGCGGGUACAGGCUCAGUCGACUGGUCGUCGCCACCGGGUUCUUCUCCACACCAACAGCUGCAGAAUCACAAGAGCACGUCGGGACUUGUGGCGAAGAGAUUGAGGCGAGCCGCAUCCGAAGCGGGGUCGACAACGCCACUGGGGAGUGUAAACGUCAACAGCAGCUUUUCGGAGCGCGAUUUGCAUGCACCGCGGUUGAACUUGAAUACGCGGGAUGUGUUCUCCUCAAGUGGAGGGAUGAAGCCGCGGCCGCCUGGCUCUUCGAGGCCUAUGUCUGCGAGUGCGAGGCAGAAGUUGGGUGACAUACCUUGGGCAAACACGCACCACAAUGGGAAUGGUGGCGGGGUGAGCGAAAGGAGUGACAGAUGGGGCUGA